CAGAGUACUAAAUCAAAUGCUGGCCUAGGAUAUCACUAGAAUGCUUAGUAUUUUUGCAAGAUAUAUAAAACUGACAACAAGCUGUCCAUUUUUAGGCAUGUCUAGAGAACUACGUCAAGAUGCUGUGUCAAUUUUUAACGCUGGAAUUGAUGCAGUCCUGCCUCACCAAAUGGUUAGAAAUGCUCUUUGUGUAAAUGGUAACAAGUUGUAUGUAGAUAAUACAACAUAUACUUUAAAUCACAAUGUGAAUAUUGUAGCAUUCGGAAAAGCUGUUAUUGGAAUGGUGUCUGCAGUUGAUAGUAUAUUAAAUGACCAUAUAGUUGGAGGUGUGGCUAGUGUUCCAUUAGGAAUUACGAAGGAUUUAAUUCAUGCAAAUAAAAGAGAGUUACUUCCAAGAAAAGAAAGCAAAAUUAAAAUAAUUGAAGGUGGGGAAAAUAAUCUACCUGAUGACAAUUCAUUUCAAGCAGCAAAUGAAAUUAAUGAUAUUGCAUGUAAUUUGAAAGAAGAUGAUCUGUUGGUAGUACUCAUAUCAGGUUAGUAGAUCUG